UCAGUGGGUGGAAAAAAAAUACGGCAGGACUUUUACUUUCUGAGCCCUGGACUUUCCACCUCUGCCGCGAACGGACCCGUAUCGGAGUCCACUUGCUCGCAGUGACGGAUCCGCAACGAAGGCGGAUCACGGACCCGCCUUGGCUCCGCGCUGCAUCCGCUCCGCAUCCGCGAUUAAAACCUUACCUCCGCGGCGGGUCCGUUUGGGACCCGCAAAUUGAUACAACCGUUACAGUAAAGGCGCGUGCGCGUCCGCGGAUCCGACAUGGGUCCGCUCAGGAUCCGCUGAUUGACAGUAGAAUUUAUGGUGCCGCCCGGAUGCGGAUCUGAUCCUCUGGGCGGCGUCAAAACGGAUGUGACAGUCACGCGGGUUUGGCGACUUGAAUGCGGAUCCGCCACGGAGUCCCUUGCUGUGUGGGAGCUGUCUUUGCAGGGGACUUGCCUCAUCGUCAUGGCAACGGUUCGUGGCCAGGUGUGUUUGCUACUGAAACAACUGAAAUACAGUCAGUGUCAGUGAUGGAGGGAGAUUCUGUCACUUUAUACAUCGAUGAUACUGAAAUACAGAAAAGAGACAAUAUACUCUGGAAAUAUGGAGCUGAAAAGCAGAUUAUAGCUGAAAUCAGUAGAAAUUAUGAAUUAUUCUACACACAUAACGGUACUGAUGGGAGAUUCAGAGACAGACUGAAGCUGGACGAUCAAACUGGAUCUCUGACCAUCACAAACAUCACAACUGAACAUGCUGGAGAUUAUAAACUAGAGAUAAGAGGAGUGGAUCUGACUACAAAAACAUUCAAUGUUUCUGUCUAUGCUCGUCUACCUGUUCCUGUCAUAAGCAGUAACUCUUCACAAUGUUCUUCAUCAUCAUCAUCAUCAUCAAAUUGUUCAUUGGUGUGUUCAGCUGUGAAUGUGAGUCAUGUGACUCUCUCCUGGUACAAAGGAAACAGUUUAUUGUCCAGCAUCAGUGUGUCUGAUCUCAGCAUCAGUCUCUCUCUACCUCUGGAGGUGGAAUAUCAGGAUAAAAACACCUACAGCUGUGUGCUGAACAAUUCAUUCGCUAACCAGACGAGACACCUGAACAUCACUCACCUCUGUCACACAUGUGCAGCUCCUCCAGUCUCAGUCUCUCUGAUAGUGUUGAUCUCUGCUGGAUCUCUGUUGAUUGUUGCUGCCGUCGGGAUCUUCUGCAUCUGCAGGAAAUGUAGAAAACUUGACAGAGAAGUUCGGACUGGUGAGGAAGAGAUCACUUAUGCUGAACCAUCGUUCUACAAAAGAAACAUACAGAAAUCGAAAGCUGGAGAGGAGGAUCAUGUGGUUUAUGCACCUCUCACAAUGAGAAGAUGAACAGACUUCAAUCUUUAGGGUACAAGACCCAACUGUGUGACCUGUGAGAGAUCUAAAGCAUAAUAAUUUAAGAUGAUUUUAUCAAAUGGUCUCCUAAAACUUCAAAACAACUUGCCUUAUAAUACAAGGACAUUUAACAAAUUAUCUAAAUCGUAUGGCCCACAUGAAGCAUUUUCAUGUUUGACUUUAAAAGUCAAAGGUUGAAGCGACCAUGUGUGUAAAUCUCAUGUGGUUUGGUCAGUUGGACAGAGAAUGUAUCUACUGCUGGAUGUUUGUGUUUGAUGUCAGUUUGUGAGUGUGUCUGCUGUGAAAAGUGUGUCUGUCAAUAGCGUGUGGUUUAAGUUGUUUUUCCAUUCCUGCUCACAUGAAACCAUUUGACUUCUGCUCUAUAGAAAACCUUCUUUACACAAUACUGAACUUAUCAAAAAGGUCUCAAAUCAUACAGAGAUAUUACUUUGAGAUAUGAAAAUAUCAUUUGUUUUGUGUGCAUAUGUGUCAUGACCUUAUAUAAAUGCUCAUGCUGUAAUCAUGCAGUUAAGCAGUGCUGGUUUUUAGCAGCUAUUUCCAGCUCCAGCAACACUUCCUUCUGAGAACUAUAAACCUUUUUGAUACCUUGAUAGGUCAUAUCCAGUUUUUUUGUAUGAGAUUAAUUUUAAGAAUAAAUGCAAUGUAUUGCUGA